UUUUCAACAAAAAUCAACAAUUUGUUAAAUUUCCACGGAUAACCGAAUUUUGAUAAUUCGUCUACUGGCUAUCUGUCAAAACCGAUUUGAUUGCAUUGCUAAAAAUAGCUUUCUCGGGAAAUCCGAAUUAUAAAGAAGGCGAACCAUAUUCGGUCGUCAUUAGAUGCACAGGAAAUAAAUAAGUAGAUCUGAACUUUAGUCACAUUGGUGCACAACUACACAUGCUGGGCAACAUCCAUGUAAUGGUUCAUGACUCUAGGUCAAAUACUUUUUGAGCUACGUGCGACACAAAAUGAGAACGGAUGGACGGACAGACGGACAAGGGUCAAUCUAAAUGCCCCCUUAUAGUGAGAGCACACAAAUCGUCUUCCGUAUAUCAGUGUGUAAUGACGGGAAAUGACUAACGUCCGGCUAAGUUUGUGAAUUAAGCAAUAAGUGUUACUAAAGACAUAUACUACAUACAUGUAUAUCCUAUAGUUCGUGCACAGCUACACGUACUUACCAUUAAAUUUCCUUAUGUAUGCACCAAGUUUGAAUAAUUUCAUUUUCGGAAAAGACUCUUAUAGAAGAAUAAAAGCAUACAUGUGGAGAAUGAAACUGGAUAUACUCAUUCUUUGUACUAUAGAGAUCAUAUUUCAAGAGUCAUGGUGUUAUUAUGUUUCGAAUACAACAUUUACAUUGACAAAGAAGAGCAAUAAUUGUGAGAUAGCUACACCUGCUGUACAAUACGGUAACCAAAAGCUUACAGUUGAUAUGAAUGGACAUUCUAUAAAGAAAGAGGUCUGGGUUUGUUACUAUCAACAAACUGCUUUGUUUGAGUAUAUUGGUUGCAUGAGUUCGGAGGACUUACAAAUACCCAAAAUUCAACUCGGUACACCGAAUAUUGGACGAUGUUAUUCUGCUUGUUCCAACACGCCUUUUAUCGGGAUUCAGAGGAAAGAGUGCUACUGCAUAUCAGACAAACCAGUUAUAAGUAGUAUCAGAAAUCCAAACUGCAAUGCUGGAUGUUCUGUUUUUUAUAACGCUGCUUGUGGCGGAGACAAGGUCAUUUCACUGUACAGAAUGCUACCUCACAACGGUAAAUACAACAUUUUUUAUAUUUCAUACAUACCAUUCAUGUUUUAAAUGUUAUUUAUAUACAAAUGUAUUUUUAUAGAUCUAUAAUUGUAAAAGUUUAGACAAGUGACACAAAUAAUUUAAGCUAUCAUCAUACACUAACAAUAAAUUUAGAUUACA